AAAAUGACGGUGGAAGUAACAAACGGUAUGUCACACUCCAGCGGCGAUCUGAAACAGCAAAACCCUAGCGCCGGGAAGAAAUCCCGCGAGAGCGAACGUCGACGGAGGCGGAGGAAGCAGAAGAAAGUUAAAAAGGUCUCACAGAAGACAGAUGGAACCACCGCCAAUGGCGACGACAGCGACGCCGAUGUCGAUGAGGGAGAUAGUUCCAAAGAGAACGUUGAUCAUGUAAAGUCGAUAGAGCAAGUUGAAGUGGAAUAUGUACCAGAAAAACCAGAAUUUGAUGUAGAGUUCGAUGAGGAUUUCAGGAAGGUGUUUGAGAAGUUUAGUUUCAAAGAAAGCACUGGCACCGAGGAGAAUGAUAAAAAGGAUGAUCCUGCUGUUAAUGCAUCAAACAAGAAGGUGGCAGAUUCAGACUCUGAAGAGGAAGAUCAUGAUACACAACAGAAGGAGAAAGGUGGUCUGUCAAACAAGAAGAAAAAGGUUCAGCGAAGGAUGAACAUCGCCGAACUCAAGCAGAUAAGCUCGAGGCCAGAUGUGGUUGAGGUUUGGGAUGCUACUUCUGCUGACCCAAAGUUAUUGGUGUACCUGAAAUCUUAUCGAAAUACAGUUCCAGUACCAAGGCAUUGGUGUCAGAAGAGAAAAUUCUUACAGGGAAAACGUGGUAUAGAGAAACAACCUUUCCAACUCCCUGAUUUCAUUGCUGCUACUGGAAUUGAGAAAAUUCGACAGGCAUACAUUGAGAAGGAGGACAGUAAGAAGCUUAAACAAAAGCAACGUGAGAGGAUGCAACCAAAAAUGGGAAAAAUGGAUAUUGAUUACCAGGUCCUUCAUGAUGCCUUUUUCAAAUAUCAAACUAAGCCAAAGCUUUCAUCACUUGGUGAACUAUAUCAUGAAGGGAAAGAAUUUGAGGUAAAGCUGCGGGAGAUGAAGCCAGGAAUGUUGUCCCAUGAGUUAAAAGAAUCUCUUGGCAUGCCAGAAGGUGCGCCUCCACCAUGGCUGAUCAACAUGCAGAGAUAUGGUCCUCCACCUUCAUAUCCUCAGUUGAAAAUCCAUGGGCUUAAUGCACCUAUUCCUCCUGGAGCCAGUUUUGGUUACCACCCAGGAGGUUGGGGUAAACCACCUGUUGAUGAAUAUGGCCGUCCGUUAUAUGGAGAUGUAUUCGGUGUCCAGCUGGUAGAGCAACCUAAUUAUGAGGAUGAACCUGUUGAUAAGUCCAAGCAUUGGGGUGAUCUUGAGGAAGAGGAAGAAGAGGAAGAAGAAGAGGAAGUUGAAGAAGAGAUUGAGGAAGAGGAACUGGAAGAUGGUAUCCAAUCUGUUGACAGUCUUUCCAGCACUCCGACUGGGGUUGAGACUCCUGAUGUCAUCGAUCUACGUAAGCAGCAGAGGAAGGAGCCGGAGAAACCUCUUUACCAAGUACUUGAAGAAAAAGAAGCACCUGUUGCCCCUGGAACAUUGCUUGGAACUACUCAUACGUAUGUCAUUGGUAGUGGCACUCAAGAUAAAACAGCUGCUAAAAGGGUGGAUCUUCUGAAAGGUCAAAAGUCCGAUAGGGUUGAUGUGACACUACUCCCAGAGGAACUGGAAGCCAUGGAGAAUGUACUACCGGCUAAGUAUGAAGAAGCUAGGGAAGAGGAAAAGAUGCGGAGUCAGCGUGAGGACUUCAGUGAUAUGGUUGCUGAGAAUCAAAAGAAGAGAAAGCGAAAGAUGCAGGAAAAGGAGGGAAAAUCGAAGAAAAAGGAUUUCAAAUUCUAAGAAACAGGAAGAUGCUGUGGAUUUGGCUUUGGCUUUGGCUUUGAAUGGUUUGGUUAUUAAGUAGCAGAUUUGGGCAAAGUAGUUCAAUGUAAGCUUUUCGAUUAUCUAAUCUAAUGGAAGACUUUACUCUGGUUAAGAAGAUGAAUAUAUAUUAUCGUAUAAUAGUAAGAUUAGUUACAGUGAAUCAUUAUUAUUAAUUCUAUUUUUAACUGCAUUUUAAACCUCUGUUUUUCUAUUUUGAUUUUUUGUAAUAGUUAAUAAAAAAAGAGGUUGGAAACAUGAUAAUGCUAUUAAUUAAGUGGACCGACAUAUUCUGAUUCCA